AUGAACCGUCAAAUCCUAUCUUCAUUAGUUCUUGGAUUGUCCUCCCUCGCAUCUGCUACAGGCACUCCUACUGCCGAGUAUGAUAGUUUCACCUGUUCUUUAACUCCAUACGAUCAUGGAUGGCCUUCUGCUCAUGUCUCCUUCUCACCUACUGUUGAAAAGUUGGAUAAUGGAUUGUACGAAGCUACAAUCUAUUUUGAAGGUGACGACUGUUCUCAAUUCGACGGAGCAUCGGAGAUCAAGCUCAUUGGUGUCUCUCCAACCGUCGUUAUUUGGUCACAUAAUGAUCCUGCAAACAAGGGUCAGGAAUCAAUCAAUGGAUGUAAAUGGAACACUGUCUUUGACUUCCAAGCAUCCUAUGAUGAAGCAAAUGACAGAUGGUGUAUGAACAACGGUCAAAUCCAGUACGACUGGGUUGCAUCUGCAAACAAAAACUCUUUUGAUUAUUCCUUUGGUUGUGGUUCUGGUGGCCAGUUUGAUUUCCCUGAAAUUUGCUGGCAUGAAGAUACACCAAGCUCCUCAACUACAUCGAGCUCAACUACGACUUCUUCCACUGAGACUCCAACUACUAGUUCCACCACCACCUCAUCAUCCGAGAAGCCUUCAACUGAAGCACCAACUACUAGCUCCACUACGACUUCUUCCACUGAGACUCCAACUACUAGCUCCACCACCACAUCCUCAUCCGAGAAGCCUUCAACUGAAGCACCAACUACUACUUCUUCAACCGAGAAACCAAGCUCUACUAGCUCUACUAGCUCUCCAACCAAGAAAUCUAGUACAUCUAGCUCUUCAAUUACACCUACACCAUCAAGCUCGUUGUCUACCUUAGAUUCAACUUCAAUUACUUUAAGUUCUUCAAGCUCUUCAACUAGUUCCACCGUUCACUCUUCUAGUAUUUCCCCAAAGAAGCCAACCACACCAGUUCCUAAACCAUCCGGUUCCACCACCAAGACACCAUCUCCUAAACCAUCUGGUUCCACCACCAAGACACCAGUUCCUAAGCCAUCUGGCUCUACUUCUGAAAACUCUGUCACCGAGUCUACUGGCACUUCAUUCACCACAAUCACCACCGUCUCCACCAACACCACAUGUAAAAAUGGCUCAUGUACGGCUACUUAUGUCUCAACCUCCCAGUAUACUACCACUGAAACUGUUUGCGACAGCGCUUCUUGUACCUCCACUGCCAUCACCACCUCUGAAUAUACCACUACAGAAACUCUUACACCAAAUGCCACCGAAACCAUCACCACCACAUACGUUGUCACCACCGUUUGCAGUUCUGUUGUAACAAACCCAUCGGAGACUGCAACUACCAGUGCCCCAGCAGAGAACUCAUCCACUGUCGAGCUGACCACUGUAGUGACCACUUCCCAAUACACAGUGACUCAACCUUGA